AUGGAAUCAUACCCACCAUUUCAUGAGAACUACAAGUCCCUUCUGGAGAAACCGAGAAGAGCGUUUUAUGAUGAUCAUGAGAAGAGGUUUUUUUGUUCUGCAGCUUCUGCUGCCUAUGACGACGACGAUGAAGAAGAAGAAGAGUUGGUUGAUGAUGAUAAGCAACCUCCAAUCGAUCUAAGCCGGUUGAAGAAGAAGAACAGGGAGGAACGAGAAGGGUGCAAGAGACAGAUAGCAGAGGCGUCGAGCAGGUGGGGAUUCUUUCAGGUGGUGAACCACGGCGUUCCUCCCCGUGUCUUGGAGAGGAUGAGACACCACCAAGUUCAGCUUUUCCACCAGCCUUUCCACCAGAAGGCUGCCGGGAAGCUUUUGCACUCGGCGUCGGCCGCUGCUGCUUCUGCUCAAGAUCACCAUCAUCAUAAUAAUACUAAUAUUAAUCGUUACAGCUGGGGAACGCCUACUGCUACUUGUCUUACAAACCUCUCUUGGUCCGAGUCCUUUCACAUCCCUCUUCAUGAUAUAUUGGGAUCCGCUGAAUCUGACAGCUUCAGAUCAACGGUGGAAGAGUUCUCGUCGGCGGUCUACCGGCUGGCGCUUAGAAUAGCUAAAAUAUUAGCAGAGAAUUUGGGGUGUGAAUCCAAUUUCUUUGCUGAGCAUUGCUUGCCGAGUUCGUGUUAUCUUCGGUUGAACAGAUACCCACCUUGUCCAUUCCCUUCUGAGGUGUUUGGCAUAGUGCCGCACACUGACAGCGACUUCCUUACAGUAUUGCACCAGGAUCAGAUAGGAGGAUUGCAGCUGCUCAAAGAUGAGAAAUGGUUCAACCUUAAGCCCAAUCCAGAAGCUUUAACCAUCAACAUUGGUGACCUCUUUCAGGCAUGGAGCAACGAUGUUUACAAGAGCGUGGAGCACCGAGCGAAAACGAAUCAAGAAGUGGAGAGGUUUUCCACGGCAUUCUUCAUGUGUCCAGCCUAUGACGCCAUCAUAGAGAGCUGCAGUGCUACCACUACCACUGCCAGUACUGGGCCUUCACUCUAUAAAAAAUUUAGCUUCGGACAGUACAGACAGCAAGUUCAAGACGAUGUUAAAGCUACUGGCAACAAAAUUGGCCUCUCCAGAUUCCGCCUUUGA